AAUCGUCGUUCCACAAAAUUUGCAGUUCUCAUCUUCUUCUUGUAUGGUGGAAUGUAACGGUGUUGGCGUGUUGUCCUCCGUUGGGUCUUCCAUCUUUGUCGAUUCGGUCUUCUUUGUUCGUGUGCAAGCCACGCCAUUUGUUGGAUGGCGAGGAAAUACAUACCGCAAGUUCCUCGGUUUGGCAAUUAGCCCGAAUUCCACGUUUUGAGCUGGUUUCCAGUCCGAAGAAGAGAAUUGGAGACCAGAAAGAACGCUUUUUUAUCGUUUCGGCCACUUUUGUUCACUUUAUGGAUGCAUUCGGGCCAUUCUACGCCCCCAAGUUUCUUCGCCGUUGUCUCCUCUCAAGUCGCAAAAAGCCCUCCCUCUACAAGACAAGAAGAUUGCCAGUGUCUGUCAGGGCCACUACUUGCCUUCACCACAGGCUCUUCUCUUUUCUAGCCUCUGAGUACUCCGUCGUGAAUAGCAUUGCGCCAGGCAGCGACGCAGGCUUUGCGUGUCAGGCACCGAGUAAAAUUCUGUCCCUUCCUGGUCGCCCCAUUGCGUACUUCACUUCGUCGUCAUAUCCCUUCAAGAUGGCGCCGCAAUCCGUUCCACCUGUGGGGAAUUUUUCGGGCUUGGCUGCCGCCGUGGGGACCGAUCACGAAGAGGCAGACGUCACAAUGCUUCAGUCUGCGACUCCCCGUGGUGAGGCUCCAAAACACGGGGAAGAAGGCUCCCGACCAACGGGCACGAAGCCUCUUCAAGCACUCGCUACACAGGACCCCGAACUGUAUGAGCUCCUUCGAGAGGAGAAGCGACGACAAAUCUCUGGUCUAGAACUCAUCGCAUCUGAAAAUUUUACGUCACAGGCUGUGAUGGAAUGUCUUGGUUCCUGCCUGACGAACAAAUAUAGCGAGGGAUACCCUGGGGCACGGUACUAUGGAGGAAACGAAGUUAUAGAUCGCAUCGAAUGUCUAUGCCAGCGUCGCGCGUUGGCUGCCUUCGGCUUGGAUAUUGAGGAGUGGGCCGUGAAUGUUCAACCGUACAGCGGCAGUCCCGCUAACAUGGCCGUCUUCGUUGGGUUGCUUCAGCCCCACGAUCGAAUAAUGGGACUUGAUCUGCCAUCUGGAGGGCAUCUGACGCAUGGCUUCUACACUGCGAAGAAGCGUAUUAGUGCAACGUCCAUUUUUUUCGAGUCCCUCCCAUAUGGUGUGGAUGAAAAAACCGGCUUGAUUGAUUAUGAAGAGCUGCGGAAGCGAGCCCUAGUUUUCAGGCCGAAGCUGAUUAUCUGCGGCCACUCAGCCUAUCCAAGAGAUCUGGACUACGUGAAGUUCAGAGAGAUCGCGGAUGCCGCCGGCGCAAUGCUAAUGUGCGACAUGGCUCACACCAGUGGUUUGAUUGCUGCGAAUCUCCUUACUUCGCCCUUCCCAUAUUGCGAUAUCGUCACAACUACAACGCACAAAACCCUGAGGGGUCCUCGCAGUGGAAUGAUUUUCAUCAACAAGAGAAGAGUGCCGGACGGCGAGGGACUCAUUAAUUCUGGAGUCUUCCCUUCUCUUCAAGGAGGACCGCAUAAUCACCAAAUUGCAGCUCUGGCUUGUCAGCUGAAGGAGGUGAUGUCUCCAUCGUGGGCGACGUAUGCAUCUCAAGUUAUUCGAAACUCUAACGCUCUGGCUGCGCGCCUUCAACAUCACGGCCACCGACUGACGACAGACGGGACUGACAACCAUCUCCUCCUUAUGGACCUACGUCCAGACGGGAUCACCGGCACCAAAAUGCAGCUGUGCUGUGAUGAAGCAAGCAUUACCCUGAACAAGAACACUGUCCCUGGUGAUACGUCGGCGGCGAAUCCCUCUGGCGUGCGAAUUGGAUCCCCGGCUCUGACGACAAGAGGAUUCAAGGAGAAAGACUUCGAACAAAUUGCUGACUGGCUUCACGAAAUUGUUCUUAUUGCCCAGGAAAUUCAGACGAACUACGGCAAGAAACUUGUGGAUUUCAAAAAAGGCGUUCCCGGAAAUCCCCGUUUGCUCGAAAUUAAGCAAGCAAUCACAGACUGGGCGUGUAGUUUCUCAAUGCCUGGCCAAGCGGACAUUUGAGGCAUCAAUAUGCGGCUUAACGGCGAGGCUGUCUUAGACUAUCUCAAUGGAAGAGACUAACCGCAGCAUCGAAGGCGGGCUGCCAUACUGCCAUACCCGAAGAAAUCUGUCUCCUCCCCCACGGUGCUGACAACAAGCGCGGACCUGUAAUGGCAAGCUCCAUGUCCAUCGUCUUGACCCCUUCUCGAUGGUCACCAUGCUCGACUGAGGUAUAGUUCGGUGGGCCUGCUACCAACACCCGAAAUUACGAACUCUCUGUGUGUGAUGCUGUCGCCCUGUUCUUAUUUCCGCAGUCAAUUCAAGUCUUCGGAAUGCGCUUCGGUACCUACGAAGUGUGCUUGUACAGUUGUCAUGAUUUGUGUUCGGACCUUGGCAUGGAAAACAUU